AUGAGUCACAACUUGCUGUGGAAAGCCUACUACAAUGACGAUGUCGACAAGUUUCGGCGCUUGCUGGCCCCCGCCGCCUACACCCAGAGCGCUUCCAAGAGCCCCAGCGUAGGGACCGGAGGAGCCGCCAGCCCCGGCGCAUUCGGGACAUCGCCUAGAAAUGUUACAAAGGCGCGGAAGGCCUCGGCCCUGGGCUUCGGCGCAGGAGGUGCGCGGCCUGGCACUGUGAACUUCGGUCGCGCCGAAGUCAACAGUCGCGAUUAUGUUGGAUUGACCAUCCUCCUGCGCGCCGCCUCCUCCGACUCCGAGAACGCCAUCGCCUUCGUCGAAGCCCUACUCGAUCACCCCGCUGUCGAUAUCUACGUACAAGACCCUGAGAGUGGCUGGAAUGCCCUUCAUCGCGCGUUGUAUACGGGCAAUGUGUCGAUCGCGAGACUGUUGCUAGAGAAAGAGCGAAGAGACCUGGCAGGCCUGACCGUCGGCGCAUCGGUCGCCAAAGUCGGUAGGCUCAUCAAGACAAAGGAUCACGAAGGCAACAGUCCAUUCGACUUGUACAACUCGACUAUUGGUGAACGGAAUCUGAAGAAUGUCGAUGACGAGAAUCACUCGGACAAUGAAUCGGAGAGCGAGGAAGUCGUGGUUGCGACAGACAACAUUGCCAACAAUGGUCUGCUCGACCUCGUCGAUGGGACGGAGGUUUUUGCAUUCGGCAGCAACAAGAACUUGUCGCUCGGUCUCGGAGAUGAGGAUGACAGACAGUUCCCGGAACGUGUCUAUCUUGAGCGCCCUGGCCACUUGAUACAGAGGUUCUACGAGGAGUAUCUUGAGAAGGGGGGCGCUGAGACGCCUGGUCAAAUCCCAACACUCACUCGUCACAAGGAGCUGCUGGUGCACGACGUGGCAUUAUCCAAGUACCACAGUGCUAUUCUGACGACCGAUCCUGUUUCCAAUCUCUACAUCUGUGGCAUUGGCCGUGGUGGUAGGCUUGGGCUGGGAGACGAAAACACGCGGUUCACCUACACGCCAGUACAAGGCAGCCUCACCAAUAAGAAAGUGACUCAAGUUGCGCUGGGACAGAAUCACACUCUGGCUGUCACAUCUGAAGGCGGCCUGUACAGCUGGGGGUCUAAUGUAAACUCGACACUCGGUUACGCGCUGCCUGAGCCUCCUCCGGGAGAAGAGCCCAUGAGCCUGAUGCCCCGACAGUUGUUCGGGCCACUCAAAAAGGAGGUCAUCGUCGGCGUUGCUGCGUCAACGAUUCACUCGGUUGCGUUCACAAAUACUGGCAGUCUUUACUGCUGGGGUCGCAACACUGGGCAGCUGGCUCUGAUGGAUGCUGAUUCUCGUUCACUCGAGGUACAGCAAACACCCAGGAAAGUAGCUGCGUCGUUGGUGAACAGCGGCAGCCCGGUAACCAUGGUCUCGGCCAUUGACAAGGCGACAACCUGCCUCCUCGCCAACUACACCGUUGUUGUGUUCACAAGUUAUGGCUACAACGUUGUCAAGUUUCCAUUCGCCGAAGCCGGAUUUACAAACCACCAUCUAGGCAAUAUUUCCAUGUCUUCGCGUUACGAUGCGGAGCGGAACCGGAUCAAGUACAUUGCUUCUGGCGGUGAGACUAUUGUAGGAGUGAGUGGUCGUGGCGACCUCUUCUCCAUGAAUCUCACAAAGAGAGUGGACACUAUUUUGCCCACGUCCACCACCAAUCCUUCGAAGAUUAAAGGUGCUGUCAGCCAGCCCAUCUGUAUUUGGAGCGCCCACAAGGAUGGAGUAAGGUCUGUCGACGUUGGCGAGCAUGGUUCAGUUAUCAUCAGCACUCAAUCAGGGGCAGUAUGGCGCCGUAUCAUCAGGGCCAAAGCCAAAGACACUCAUGUGGCUGGCUCCAGUGAAGUCAAGCGCAAGGACUUCAAGUUCCAGCGGGUCCCGGCAAUUACCAACAUUGUUACUGUGCGGAGCUCUGUUUUUGGGGCUUUUGCUGCCGUUCGAAAGGAUUCCGAAGUCAUGCGCGAGCAAGUCACCGUUGGUCGACAGACCCUGUGGGACGACAUAGCGCCACUCAAUUGCCUGCGGGAUUUCAGAUCCUCUGAUCCAAGCCCAAAAGGAAAGGGAAUUCUCAAAACCUGGGAUGCUACUACGCUUCAGCAGAAGCUGGGGUCAGUUGCGUACGAAGUGCUGAAAUCGCCCGACCUUGAGUUGGAUCUUCAGAACUAUUUGCUCUCGUGGCGAUCCGGGAACGGAGCUUCUCAGAAGUCCAAAUACCAGUUCAUAGCUGGCGGCACUUACACUCAUUCGGAUGUGUUUGUCGUAGAGAAGCUUGAGGAGAAGACUGCCGUGACUUUCGCUGGCCUCGACAUCAUCUCGCUAUUAAACUUGGUCGUCUACGUAUACGAAGAUCGUGUCAUUCCAGCAUGGAACUACACUCGCCACGAUCCGUCACUGGCUUACAGAUAUCGUCAAAUCCGAGCCGAAGUCGUCAGGACAGCGAGCAAUCUGGAGAUGAGUAGACUGGAGGCCGCCGCUCAGAAGCAAGUCGACCCUCAAAGGCAUCUAGAUGAGGAUCUGCGACUAGCUCUGGGAGACUCACAGUUCUUCGAGGACGCAGACGCUGUCGUGGAGCUUGAUGGCGACGAAAUGCUAGUUCACAGCGCCUUGUUGUGUCAGAGGUGCCCAUUUUUCGAGGGGCUGUUCUUCGGCCGCUCUCAGGGCAUGUGGCUAGCAAGCCGCCGCGCCGUCCAGGAGCCUUCAGAAAGGAUCCCUGUCGAUCUGAAGCACAUCGAUCCGGAGACUUUUAAGUUCGUUCUGAGCUAUCUUUACUCUGACGUUGGAGAUCAGAUGUUUGAUGAUGUUGUAGCUGACAAUCUGGACGAAUUUUCCGACUUGGUAAUGGAUGUCCUUUCCGUCGCCAAUGAGCUUAUGCUCGAUCGCCUGUCUCAAAUAUGCCAGCAGGUCUUGUCUCGCUUUAUCAACACGCGCAACAUCGCACAUUUCUUGAACGCCAUCAGUCCGUGUUCUAUCACCGAGUUUAAGGACGCCGGUCUGGAGUAUAUAGCUCUCCAGCUGGAGAAUAUGCUCGAGAACAACCUUUUGGCCGACCUCGAUCAGGAGCUAUUGCUUGACUUGGACGAAGUGGUCAGAGAUAAUCAGCUUGCUCGUUUCCCGUUCGCAAGGAGCGGUCGGGCUGCACUCCUGCUCCAUGAGCAAUAUCCGAACCUGGCACAGGAUAUAGAUGAGGAAAGGCAGCGGAGAGUCAGAGAGAUGGCCUUUAAGGCGAGUCAAAAAGAGGAUGAGAGGAAACUUUCAUCCUCGCUCAAAGGCAAAUUUGGCAGCCUUGAGGAGUUCCAACCCUCAUCCCCUGCUAUGGAUAAAUCCAAGGGGAAAGAGGCGGCGAGAAGAAAUGAGCCAUUCAGUCCUGACCUCCGCCCCAAAGCGGUUCAGACUGACCUCAUGUUCGAUAUGGACGAAGAUGAAGGACCCAUAGAGAGCCCAUCCAUACGGCCCGAGAGAGCCAUAGAUCAGAGACGGAAAACUGAACUUGACCAGCUUCCUCCGCUGAGCGAGUCGUUCUGCGGUCAGCAGUCGAGAGCACCCCGUCACUCUCCCUUGGGCUCGUCGCCAGCAGGCCUUGGACUUGCCUCGCCUUCUCCGACUAAUAGGUCUUUGGCUACGAGCUCUCUCAAGUCCGGCAGCCCGUGGGCUUCAUCCAAGAUGCCGACUGCUAAGCUUGACUUGCGCGAAAUCAUGGGUGAGACACCGCCUGUCCGCUCGGCACUGUCUGCAGGGUUGGCUGCGCAACGGGCCAAAGAGACGGCGGUCAAACCGUCACAAGCGAAAUUGUCACAGAAGGAACGCAAGAGGCAGCAACAGCUUCAAGCAGAGCAGGCUGCGCAGGUUGCUCAAGCGUCGUCGGAUAGGGCUGCGUGGGAGAAAUCAUCGACAGGCAUCAAAUCACCGCCAUGGAAGGCAGUGUCCAGCGGGCCUAAGCUUCCUCCCAAUGACAAUCUAGCAGACGCACCAAAGUCAGCGCCGCCCAACACAAAGCCCCUUGUUGCGGCAGAAGCUUCGGCCAAGUCCAUUCCGCGGCGAACACAAUCUCCAGACACGCGGCACUCUGGCCAAUCGAGGACACCCGCGGCAACACCACCUAUCCGGCCUCCCCCAAGAUCCACCUCAACCUCUACUUUCUCAGCCGAUAUGUCCAAUAAGCCUGUCACUCCUCAUUCGAAAUCGUACAUCAAACCAGCAGCCAAGUCAGAGCCGAUCAUAGGGCUUAGCAUGGCCGACAUCAUCGACCAGGAGAGGCGUAAUGUCGAAAGUGUGAAGGAGGCAGUAGCCAAGCGCAGCCUAAUGGAGAUCCAGCAGGAGCAAGCCUUCCAGGAAUGGUGGGAGGAAGAGUCACGGCGGACGCAGGAGGAAGAGGCGAGGAGAUCGACCAGGGAGAAGGAACGGGAGGAAGGCAAGAGUAGCAAAGGCCGCCGAGGCAGAAGCGGCAAGCCCAGAGGGGGCAGAGGGGGUGGGGCCAGCGCUCCCAACCCCAGCGCUGGCGCUGCCGGUGCUGAGGGUGAAGCGGCGAGGCAACAGAACCAGGACCAGGGGAGAGGAGGUCGGAGUAAUAGACGUGGCCGGGGCCGUGGUGGUGUCGCGAAGACUUCACCUUGA